CCAAGACCAAACAUCACGCGCCAGGGCCGUCGAGUCGUUGGAGGAACCCGACGCCUUUUGUUUUGCUACCACCCGCAGUCGCUGCUUUUCUUUUUCCUUUUUCUUCUCCUCUCUACCAACGCUCCUCGUCAGAAACGCAAUGGCUUCCAAGGCCAUGUGGGAGGUCGAUCCCGAGACCCGGUCCAAGUUGGCUGCUCUGCAAAAGGAAUCCAAGAACAAUGUCUGCUGCGACUGCAAUGCCCCGUCGCCACAGUGGGCGUCGCCCAAGUUUGGCAUCUUCAUCUGCUUGACGUGCGCCGGCGUCCACCGCGGGCUCGGCGUCCACAUCUCCUUUGUCCGAAGCAUAUCCAUGGACGCCUUCAAGGCCAACGAGAUUGAGCGCAUGCGCCUGGGCGGCAACGAGGGCUGGAGGAAGUUUUUCGAGGAGCACGAGGACACCAAGAUGAGGGGACUUACCUGGGACGAUGCCACCAUUGCCGAGCGGUACAGCGGCGAGGUUGGCGAAGAGUGGAAGGAGAGGCUGUCAUGCAAGGUCGAGGGACGAGAGUACGUUCCCGGCGAGAAGAGGCCCGUCACCACACAGUCGACUCCCGCCGCUGCGAAGCCGUCUACCCCCCUCGGCGGCUCCGCAAACCGAAGCCAGAGCCCCCAGCAGGGCGGAAAGGUCAAGGUGGACGACAAGUAUUUCGCCAAGCUGGGAGCAGACAAUGCCUCACGGCCCGAUGGCCUUCCUCCCAGUCAAGGCGGAAAGUAUGCCGGCUUCGGAAAUAUGCCUACUUCUAACCAGUCCAGCCAGGGAGGUAUAAUGCCGGGGUUUGACGAUUUGCAAAAGGACCCAAUGGGCGCCAUUACCAAGGGAUUCGGCUGGUUUGCCUCCACCGUGUCCAAGACUGCUAAGACGGUGAAUGAUGGAUACAUUCAGCCCACCGCGAAGAGCAUUGCCGAUGGUGAGUUUGCCAAGCAGGCCCAGUUGACGGCCGCCCAGCUUGCCAAACAGGCACAGCUUGCCGGCAAGAACGCACAAGAGGGCUUCACCAGAUUUGUCGAAGGCCCCGAGUCUACCAAGCGAAACGCACCUCUGGAUGCUAGCCGCAAGGACUUUUGGGAUGACUUCUCCAGCUUAGCUGAACAGCAGAAACCGAACAAUGCCAUCGGCACAAGUGCUAUAGGCAUGGGCAAGAAGACGGCUCCGGGAGCCCCAGCCCAGAAGCCCAAGAGUGGCGACGAGUGGGAUGAUUGGUAAACAGUUGAAAUGAUUUCAUGUUUGCUGGCGUUGGAGUACUAUGGCCUGAAGAGAUACACUUUUUUGACGAAAUAUGAGCGUUUGGAAUAAAUUGACAAGACGAUAGCCGUCAUCCAAGACACGAUGGCCCAUAUACCAAUUAUGACGAGUGGCCUCGAGGCGAAUCCAGGGCGUUGAACGAGCCUGGAUGGAGCAACGACAUGAUGAAAGCCGCUGAGACAAGCCUGCUAUAGAGGUAUACACCAUCUUAUAUGUAUACCUGCUGCUCAGACCACAAUAAGAGGGUAUUACUGGGGAAGAUUGCGGCUGGAGGAGAAAGAUUCAUGUAUAUACAAGAUGCAUCUAAAUAUUAAUUCAUUUUUCCCAUUCAAUAUUAUUUCC